UCUAAGUCUAAAACAAUUGCUCCCUGGCUCGCAGUCAUAUUCUAACUCACAUGUCUCGAAUAUCGACCUUUCCUCUCGAACCGACAGAGCCAAACCGUGUUCCCUUACCGACGAACUCAAACGGUUCUUAUUCGACUACCAGACCGUUGCAGAUCGCUCGUUCCCCAUCACGCCAGGCAGCACCAAGUAACAACACCUUUGCCUCAUCACCCAAGGGCCCAGGUUUUUCAUUACCCAAGGGUCCUUUCCGCCCACAAAGAUCAGAGCUGAGGCCGCGUCAGCUAUCUGAGCACUCCGAGCGGGCUUCCACUUCAUCUCGAGCAACCCAACUUGAAGAUUAUGCAGCGAGGGACCGUCGAGAUAGUUCCAGCACAACGCGCUCGGAUUCAUCAGCGGCGCCGCAAUAUAAUAACGGAUCCAUAGGUGCUGUAAAUAAUAGGCAUCGAGUGGACAUACCGCGAUCUAGCACGUACGACGAGACUUCCCCGACAACCCCUGCACUGGCUUCCGUCAUGGCCGCCUUCAGGGAAGCCGGAGCUCGCAAACGUGCGAUGACAAAUGGUAGCGAAGAUAUAGCUUAUGAACAAGAAAAGCAGAGGGAAAAGGAGAUGGAGAUGAGGAGGCAAGAGCGCAUCCGCGAGCGAAUGCCAGGCCGGAAAGCAACCGGGAAGGCCAAAGCAGGAGAUAUCGACGCUGUGCUAGACCAGAUCAAGGACGAAUGGGAGUUUGUCAUUGACCCUGAUUUUAACAACGUUGACUUGGCUUUGUCACUACUCGACGAUUCUUCAACUGGCAAAGACAUCGAGUCUUUUCGACAAACCAAGGUAAUGCUGUCGCAUGCAUUGAAAGGAUCAGUAGACAAGCAUCACAAGGCAUUUGCGGACGCCCUUCCGCAUCACGCUGCUCUUCUCAAUCAUCUUGGACUCGCCCAGACGCAGAUACAACAGUCAAGGACAGCUCUUGUGGAAGCAAAGGAUGCUCUGGGAAAUAAGCGCGCUGAUCUUGUUCAGCUGUGGUCAAGAGGACAGGUGUUAGAAGAAAUGAUGAAUUUAUUGGAUCAGAUCGAGCACUUGAAAUCCGUGCCCGACGCACUUGAGACUCUCAUGUCGGAAAAAAGGUUGCUUCAAGCAUCGGUUCUCCUUGUGCGGAGCCUCAAGUUGAUCAACAAACCUGACAUGCAAGAGAUUGGAGCAGUUUCAGAUCUGCGAAGUUAUUUGAUUAGUCAAGAAAAUGCUCUACGGGAAAUAUUGAUCGACGAACUUCACAACCAUCUUUAUCUCAAAUCUUUCUGGUGUGAAUCGCGCUGGGCUGCUUAUAAGCCGAACCAGACAGCUUUUCCUAAGGUCGAAUUUGAACAUGACUCGAGUGCACAACUGUCUCCGAAUGGCAUUGCAUAUCGUUCCCCUGAUUCAUCUCCACUGAAACUUGCAUCCUCCCGAUUAUCUCGCUUUCUUAAUUCUCUUGCACUCCGACCCAAUGAUCCUCCCCAUGAUCUUAGUGAAUCGAACCUACGCAGCAACGCGUCCGUUCAGGAUUUAUCGUCCCCAUCUCUUCCAUCCGCUCCAUCUUUCUCAUCGAAUGUUAACCUUGCUGCGCUAGCAACUUCGGCUUCUCAGGCACCUCAACUUGAUACAAACCCGGAAGCAGACUCCUUCGCCUAUAUUGAAACUCUACUUGAGUCCCUUGCAGUCUUGGGAAAGCUUGGGAGUGCGCUCGAUAUUGUUGCGCAGCGUUUGCAAGGCGAGAUAUACUCGUUGGUCGAGUGUACCUUAGACGAGGUUGAGGAACGAACGGAAGAGUCCAAGAGAGUUUCUGUAUUCGGCGCAGCGAGCCUUGGAAGACGGUCAGAGGGCGGGUAUAUCUUCGUUGCCAAUGAUCCCGUCGGCAUCACUCUAGAUGGUGUUGUCCCUUCGAUACCAACAAAGGGGAUUCUCCUCCGGACCUUUUCCCUACGCCUUGCAGCACUGGAGUCUUCUACGAAGCAAGUCGAUCAAGAAACAUUGAAUGACUUCUUUUGGACUGUUUAUUCCAAACUUGACGCAGUAACCCAGGGAUUAAGGGUAGUUUGUGAGGUUGCCAAUCGUAUAGGAUCGCGAAAAGAUUUCAAGGAUUCAUCCGGUGCCAAACCGGGAGCUUUGUUUCCGCUUGCUGACGUAUGGCUUCCGGUGCAAGCUGAGGUCCGGACGCUCUUGCAUGACUAUUUGACGGACGAGGAGCAAGGCUCGGUGGCGGGGCGAAAUCCAAUAUCAUCUAUCAAUGAGGUCCUACGGGAAGGCCGGUUCACGAGAGACAAACAAAAGUCCGUAUUCCGAUUUGCGGAUACUGACAUGAAGUCCACGGGCAAAGUCCUUCGACGUCACGAAGACGAGCUCACUCGGGUUCUUCGAGAUACAAUGCCCGGUCUCGUCCAGAAUUCGUCCGAUAGUGCUGUCCAGGCGACAUUGUCGACAGUUGGCACGGAUGACCGUCUGUUAGGUGUCGGGCAGCAUCAUCGCUUGCUUAUCAAGCCGGAUGCAUUCCAUGUCAGCGUACUUUUCCAGCCCACCCUUACUUUCUUGAACCGAGUGACGGAAAUUCUCCCUGAUGGUGUAGAAAGUACCCGCUCUGCAAGUGGUUUACUAGAUGACUUUGUCCUCAAGGUCUAUCUGCCACAGUUGGAAGAGCGCAUAUCUGAACUUUUCCAUCAAGCAGUGACAAGUCCUGACGCUUUCCAAUAUGACCAGAUGUCGACACGAUUCAGUCCAAAACCAAUAUUCAGAGCAACUACACAGCUAAUGGCACUGAUAAACUCGUUAUGCGCGAUGCUCCGCACAACCCCAUUUCAUCGAGAAAAUUAUUCUCGCCUAAUUGUUGGCGUAAUUAUUCAGUUUUACCAGCGCUGUAGUGACAAGUUCCAAGACCUGGUUUCUUCCACUACUAACAUCAUAUCCGAUUCUUCCUCGUUGCCUCUGGUGCUGGCAGCUCAGUGGGCACAAAAGUCGGAGUUAAACCCAUGUUUAGCAGAGCUCUUCGCAACACCUGAGUCCAAUACUGUGAUCAGGCGUCAACUUUGUCGACAGGAAACAAAUCUGGAACUGAAUUACCUCGGUCAAGCUCAGAUAGCCAAGUACGACUUGGUUUCUUCAACUCGCAACUUGGCGGGUCUGUGUGGUCUCUACCGUAGUGUGGCAUGGUUCACAGAGGAGUUGAACGCACUGAAGUCAGCUCCAGAAGGCACACUCUCGCCGACUACACCUGCGUCUGCCAAUGUCGUGAUGUCGUUUACUCCCUCGGCAAUCUCUAGUUUCCUCUCGCGAGGUACUUAUGACGAACAACUUAGCCUCCCCCUGUCACGAGAGAUGGCAAUGCGGUUCGGUGCCUUGCUUAAGACAUACGCCCAACUGGCCGAGAUCGUUCUACAUACCAUUAGGAUCGACAUUCGUUGUCGAACAAUGCACUAUUUGGAUGCAGCCAUGCGUCUUGGUAACUACAACAUCGACCAUGAGGCUGGUGAGCCUGACCCAUACAUUGUGGACCUUAACGUGGAAAUCAGCAAGUGCAACGAGUUCGUGUCAGCAGCAAUGCUGAAGGAAGAGCACCAAUUUGUCUUUUCCGGACUUGAACAUUUAAUGGAACAUCUCCUUAUCUCCAAUGCUAGGCAUGUGCGCAUGGCCAAUGAUUUCGGUGUCAGGAAGAUCAUGCGGAACACUCUGGCGCUACAGCAGAGCGUGCGGACUAUCGGCGAUGACCAGCAGCACGCCGAGUUUGAGCGCGCAAAGAGUUAUUAUUCACUCUUCUUUCUGAAGCCUCAGGGUUUGCUCGACAGUAUCCGCCAAAACCAGAAUUUUACCUUUGAUGAGUAUAAAACCAUACUCAAUCUUCAGUGUGGGGUGGAUCAGUCCAUCGGUGAAGCCGGAGUUGCUAAAGCCGCCGACCGCAAUUACAGUAUGUAUCUCAUCGACCUACAUGGUCUGGAGCUGGAGAGUUCGGCGGACAUCAGUUGAGGUUCUCAACAUCUAGUCGUCUUUGUAUAUUUAUGACCAGUACCUUGUGGGCAAUAUAUCCCUCCACGCUCGCAGAUAGGAU